AUGGUCCUCAAACGAUCCGUUUUUCUUGAAGUCCGACGAACUCAAGGACGAUUCGGGCAGAAGUCCUCGUCGUUCUUGGAGGAAUACGAGGAGAAGCAGAGGAAGCAGAAGAAAGUUGACUUCUCGAAAUAUGGCUCCGAAACAAGAAGUGAGCGGAAGCCAGCCAAGGAAAUCGACAUUGAUGAGAUUAUUCGACAAACAGAAGAAGACUUCCCAGAUAGUAAUUGCUUCAACCCUUUGCCGGAAAAAUCCGAGCGAUUGGAGAAAGAAUCGCGCCUCUUCUUCGAAAUGAUUAAAAUUCUCAAACACCAAGAUAAGUUUGGGCCAAAAUGCAAGACUCCCACCAUCAAAGCAAACGUCGAUAUGUUGAGGAGCUGCGCUAGCUAUAUGCAAGAAGAUGAAGCGCUUCCUUGCUGGAUAAAGAACGCGAUGACGUUGAUUUCCGGUGACUCAAAUUUUUAUUACGACUUCUCCUUUGCAAAAGAAGAAAUGUAUGGAAACUCGGAUAUCCGAAGAAAAACCGUUAUGCUCGACGGUUUCAUCAACAUCAACAAUCCUAUCGAUGAGAAUGAAGCUUCCAGGACAUCCACUCUCGCAGAUCUUGGUAAUAGACUUGAAACUGGUAAACGGGGAAGUAUGACGAAAGAGCAGAUGAUGAAACUCAACACUAGAAGAAAAUCGAUGAUUCUGAUGGUCAACCAGGACAAAAUGAACGCCUCGGAUCACCGGCGAGACUCUUUACAAGCCGCCGGCGCAGCGCCACCUAGAGGCAGAAGAUUUGCAGUGUUGGCGAAAAAAGCUUCGAUGAUGUCCACAGCCUUCAAAUAA